AUCAAAUCGCACGUGCACGCGAACUUCGAGGCGGAGAAAGCCAAGAUCGUUACCGAAAAUCUCUUCGCGAGACCGCGCGUGCCCGCAAAAAUAAAAGAAGUGUGGUAAAACACAAAACUGAAUCAAUUUCUGUGCAGAGGCAGCCGGAAUUAUGCCUCGCCAGCUUCGCCGUCGUCUUGCUGUGCAUUGAAAUCGAAAUCGAGUCCAAUGACCAGCUCUCGAGCUGGUGCUUAAGAAAGAGUUUUGCACUUUGAAACAGCCUUAGCCGGUCAACGAGCAGGCCUUGACCCAAAGCCCAGAAGAGUUCAAAGAUUCCGCUCCUUAGCCCAGUUAUAUAAUCGCAGUUGCAAUUGCAAUUAAAACUAAAAGUACCGUGAAUUUGCAAAAAAUAAGUAAAAAAAAGGAAAAAUAUGUGGUCAAAGUGUGUGAGGAAACCGAAAAGUGCAGACUUUUGGCUGCAGCUGCUCUGCGUGAGUUUUACACUCUCCCGCCUGGAAUUCGCCGCUGGCCAAAAUGCUGGAGUUGUGGCCGCGGCAGUGGCGGCGGGUCAAAACCAGACGCAGGUCUAUGUGACAGAUUCUUGCCUGCAGAAACCAUAUCGCUGUCCACAUCCGAAGAUCCAGUUCUAUUUGUACACGCGACGCACCCAGGAGCAGCCGGAGUUCAUAGAUGUCCUCGAUGCGAACGCGCUGUACUACACGCACUUCAAUCCCCGGCAUCCCACGAAGAUUAUAAUCCAUGGCUUUGGCGGCGGUAGAACCCUGAGUCCCAGUCCGGAUCUUCGGGAGGCCUACUUCAGUGUGGGCGAGUAUAACAUAAUCAUUGUGGACUAUGCCGAUGCUGUGAAGGAACCCUGUCUGAGUCAGAUGGACUGGGCUCCUCGGUUUGGCAGCCUCUGCAUCUCGCAGCUGGUCAAAUACCUUGCUCGUCAUCCGCGUGGAGUUCAGCCGGAUGAUCUGCACUUCAUCGGAUACAGUGUGGGUGCCCACAUCGCCGGAUUGGUGGCCAACUAUUUGAAGCCCGAGGAGGGAAAGCUGGGCAGGAUCACCGCCCUGGACCCAACGAUAUUCUUCUAUGCGGGGGCAAAUAACUCCAGGGACUUGGACACUACGGAUGCCCACUUUGUGGAUGUCGUCCACACCGGAGCUGGAAUCCUUGGUCAGUGGCACUCUAGUGGUCAUGCGGACUUCUAUGUAAACGGAGGCACCAGACAGCCAGCUUGCGUGGGAUCAGCCACUUUGUUUCAAACCUUGGCCUGUGAUCACACGAAAGUAACGCCGUACUUUAUCGAAUCCAUAACGACGACUCGGGGAUUCUAUGCAGGUCCUUGUCCCAACUUGUUCUCCUACCUGAUAGGCUGGUGUGAGCCCAAAGACUCGGAAUAUGUCCUGAUGGGAGAACACUGUUCUCACAAAGCCCGAGGGAAUUAUUAUGUGACCACCAAUGCAAAGGCGCCCUUUGCUCGAGGAUUUCCGGGCAAAGGUCGAUCCAAUGGGGAAUACCAGGGAGUGAGGAGAUAGUGCUCUUCAACUUGUCGAAGUCGUAAAUUGAAUUUUGUAUUUAUUUGUAUUUGAGCCGCCUGGACCUAUGCAUCUUUUACACCGUAGCACUCAUGUGAUUUUAGCUUGUUUCCUAAUUGAUACCUAUUUAUUUCUUAAUAUUGUUAUUAGCUCUAACUUCAGCCAUUUUUUGUUGGGGGCUGGGAAUGGACCGAGUACCAAUCUCAAGUGUUCCGGGACUUGUACAAAUAAAU